GCAGCUGGCUUGACGCCUGGCGGCUCGCGGGGAGGAAACGCGAGUGGCUCCCUUUGUUGUCGUUCACGUUUAGACUUUUAUUUCCUCUGUAAGUGGUGUGUGUGUGUGUGUGUGUGUGUGUGAGAGAGAGAGAGAGUGUGUGUGUGUAUGUGUGUGUGUGCGUGGAAAACCGUUUUCUAACCGGUUCGUUACCGAGAUUCACUUCCGGUCGGUGACUUCCACAGCAGAGCGGCCAGCGGACUGGAUGCGGAUCCGUCCUGCAGCCGCUCCUCCCGGCUCCGCCUCUCCCGGCAGCUCCCGGUGAAUUUCCAUCUGUUUUCCGUGUGUUUUGCAUGCGGUGUGUGCGGAGUGUGUGUGUGAGUGUGUGUGUGUGUGUGUGUGUGUCGCAGCGGGUCAUGUUGGAUGUGAGGAAGCGUUCGGUUCGUGCAGAGAGAGCAGCCGGACGGGGGCCUGCCCGGGGCGGGACGCAGCGCUGAGGGACACCGGGAGCCGCGGGUCAGCCUCGGGGCCGGAGUGGAGACAUGAACCGCGUGAGAUGUGACGGAACCCGGAGAUGAAAUAAACAGAAGGACGGAUCCGGUUCAGUGGUUCAGUCAGGACUCCAGCAGGUGUGGAAGCUCCAGCUCUCCUGCGGGUUUCCAGGAGGCUCCAGGACUCUCUAAGGGGUUCCCAGGCGUCUCCAGGGCUCCUCUGGUUUCUAGUGGUCUUCAGGAGUUUCCAGAGGUCGCCAGGGCUUUUUCAGGGGUUUCCAAAAGUGUCCCCGGUGAUCUUCUGUUGGGUCUCCAGAGGUUUCAGGACGUCCCAGUGGGCACCAGGGGGUUCCAGAAGAGUUCCAGUGGUCUCAAGUGGGUUCCUGGUCUUCUCCAGUGUUGUCCAGAGGUCUCUGUUCAUUUCCAGGAGUUUCCAGCCGUCACCAACGUUUUUCAGGGGGGUUCCAAAGUUUCCAGCGGUCCCCAGGGAUCUCCUGUUGUUCUGUUGUUCUCCAGUGGUUCCAGGAGAUUCCAGGGGUCUCAAAAGGUUCUCAGUGGUCACCAGGGGUCUCCAGGGGCCUUCUACUGUUUUCUAGCUGCCUUCAGGAGUUUCCAGUGGGCAUCAGGGGAUUUCCAGAAGAGUCCAGUGGUCUCCAGUGAUCUUUAGGACUUCCCAGUGGUCUCCACUUAACUCCAGGAGGUCAGGUGGAUUCCCCAUUUGUCUCCAGUGGUGUCCAGAGAGCUCCACUGAUUUCCAGGAGUUUCCAGAGGUCUUCAAGGUUUUCAAGGGGUUCUCCAAAAGUGUUUCCAGUGACCUUGUGGUGGUCUCCAGGGGUUCCAGGAGUUUCCACUGGGCAUCAGGGGGGUUCCAGAAGAGUCUGGCGGUCACCAGUGGUCUUCAGGACUUCCCAGUGGUCUCCAGGGUUGUUCAGCGGUUCUCCAACGGUGUCUCCAGGGGUCUCUCAGGUGAUGUCCGGGGGUCUCUCAUGGAUCUCAGGUGGGUUCUAGUCUCCAGGGGUCUGCAGCAGUGACCUCCUUAAGGAGUUCCCAUUGGUCACCAAGGAUCUCCAGGUGUUUCCAGGAGCCUCCAGGGUUCUCCAGCGGGUCUCCAGGACCCUCUGGGACCCCCCCCACAUGGCAGUAUGCUACCAGCUGCCGGUGCUGGCUCUGGACCGGCCCGUCCCCAAACACGUCCUGAGCCGCCGCGGCGCCAUCAGCUUCAGCAGCAGCUCGGCGCUCUUCAGCCCGACGCCGCGGCACCUCAGCAAGCGGCGAGGAGCGAUCUCGUACGACAGCGCCGACCAGACGGCGCUCUUCAUCCGCCUGCUGGAUGUGAGGGGGCGGAGCCAGCCGGGACCGCAGCCGCAGAGACGAGCCCCCCGCCCGCCGCCUCAGGUCGACUUCAGGGAUCUGCACUCCGGCCGGGACGCCGCGGGGCCCGGAGCCACCAGGGGCCUCCACCGCCCGCUGAGCCUGCAGAGGAGCCGCCACGUCCUGCAGAGAAGCCCCGCCCCCGAGCCGCGGCACAUCCUGGACCGGGACUACGGCGGCCAGGCCACGUGCGUGCUGCAGCGGGUUGGCUGCUGGGACUUUGACGUCUUCCUGUUGGACAGACUGACCAAUGGAAACAGUCUGGUCAGUCUGACCCUCCACCUGUUCGUGCACUACGGUCUGAUCCGCCUCUUCCAGCUCGACGUCGUCAAGCUGCGACGCUUCCUGGUGUGUGUGCAGGAGGAUUACCGCAGCCACAACCCGUACCACAACGCGCUCCACGCCGCCGACGUCACGCAGGCCAUGCACUGCUUCCUGCGGGAGCCCCAGCUAGCUGAAACGCUGACCUCCUGCGACAUCCUGCUGGGCCUGGUCGCAGCCGCCACCCACGACCUGGACCACCCCGGGGUGAACCAGCGCUUCCUGGUCCAGACCGAACACCACCUGGCGGCGCUGUACCAGAACACCUCAGUUUUGGAGAACCACCACUGGAAGUCAGCUGUGGGUCUCCUCAGAGAGUCCGGCCUCCUGGCUCAUCGCCCAGCCUCCGAGAGGUUAAAGAUGGAGGAGCGUCUGGGCUCCCUGAUCCUGGCCACCGACAUCAGCCGGCAGAACGACUACCUGUCCCAGUUCAGGUGUCACCUGCAGAGCGGGGACCUGCGCAUGGACAAUGCCAAUCACCGGCAUUUCAUCCUGCAGAUGGCCAUGAAGUGUGCAGACAUCUGCAACCCCUGCCGCCCAUGGAGGCUCUGCAAGCUGUGGAGCAGCAAGGUCACAGAGGAGUUCUUCCACCAAGGCGACACGGAGAGGAAACACAACAUGGAAGUGAGUCCCAUGUGUGACCGUCAGACCAACAGCAUGGCCAAGAUACAGAUCGACUUCAUCAGCAACGUGGUGGAGCCUCUGUUCAGCGAGUGGUCUCGUUUCUCGGCCACGCCCCUCUCCCGGGUCAUGAUGGGACACCUGAGCGCCAACAAGGCGGGGUGGAGGCGUUCGCUGCUGGAGGAGGCGGAGCCUGCCAAGCUCAGCGCCUCGUCCUAGCGGCUCCUCUGUCCAAAGUAUUACCUCAGGGAAGCUCGCUGUCUUCACGCCGAGGCGGGGACGCCUGACGCGGCGGCGGCUGGGGGCGGAGGAGGGGGGUCAUCAUCACACACUGGACGUGGGAUAGAAAGAAAAAGAAUCCCAAGAAGUGAAGCCUGACGUCGACACGUCGGCCUCCAGCACGCUCCCCUCUCUAAGUACACCACUGAUUAUUGUGUCGUUUUGUUUUUAUCGCUUAAUUUAACUUAAUUUAUUGAAUUUCAACCCACUUUCUUUAACAUAGAGUAACGCAUAGAUACCUCAUGUUGCUUCUGCUGCAUGUCAUUUUUAUUCCAUAUUAUUUAUUGUUUUGUGUUAUGUCGUUGUGGCAUGACGCACCAUUUACUGUUUUUUUUUAUUUUUAUUUUUAUUUUUUUAUUUACUUUAAAUAAGUUUAGAGGGGAACAUUUCUUCACAACAAAAGGGACAAGUAUUAGGAAGAGUAAAAUCCCAGCGCUGCAUCAUGGGAAAUGAUGUGUUGUGCCUCGGAGGCAGCGGUAAGAGGUCGAGCUUCAGUUUGUCCCAAAGCACGAGGGAGCGGAGGAGGAAAAGAGGACAAGCACAGCACCGGUCGUUUAUCCACUUCAGGCUUUUAGUUUCUGCUGGAAACGGCAAGAAAAGAUGAGAAGAAGCUGAGAGUCCGUACAGACGAGACGAGACGAGACGAGACGAGACGCAGAGACUGAGCACCGACCGCUGUUAACCAAGAGAUGAAGCUCUGGGAAAAUCUGCGUUUUGAAGGUGAGGAGCCUCUUCAGCUGCUGCCUCCGACGCCACAAACCCACUUUUUUUUUUUUUUUUGUUUUUUUUUUUUUACUCCUGUCAGUUUUGACAAACGAAACAAAAGAGGCACAUUUUUUAUAAGAGAAUAACCUCUCGGAUUAAAUGAUUAAGUUCUUGUCUUGUUGUCGACACUGAGCAAACAUCCGAGACUGCAAACACCCAGACGUACCAAAUGCCAUGAAGGGACUUGAAUUGUUCUUGUUUUUGUUUUUUUUUUUUGCUAUAUUUUAGAUUUAUUUUUGGGUCCCUCCUUGCACUGUGAAAACUGAGAUGAUGUCAAACAAUUUGGUUAUGAAACACAGCCGUGUUCCUGUCGCACUGGGGUUGGGGUUCAGCCCAGACAUGCAGAAGCUGUUAUACUGUAGAAACAAACAAACAAACAAACAAACAAAAAAACAGGGCUGGGGGGUGGGUGGGGGGGUUAUGUGCUGACGUGGCCUUACCAGCCUUUGGACACUUGAGUGAUGUGAUGUGACGGAGCCGUCCCGUCUCCAGACGAGGAGUUCAGCUCCAGAAACGCUGCAGGGGGAGGAACUCGUUUAUUAGAUCAUUUCUGAAAAAGUUGAGGAGGUUUGUGACGCACAAACUCUCCUGACUCUGAUCCAGAAUUCCUAAAAAUAUGCAAUAAAUGACGACGAGACGACUGAGGCCAAAACUCUGUCCAGAGGACAUGCUAACAUGCUAACGCUUUAGCAUAGAGUAUGCUGAGUAAUCGUUUGGUGCUUAGCAUCAUGUGUGUUUUUUUUUAUAUACUAAUGCCCCAGUCGUUUUUUCUAAUAUACUAAUUUCACCUUUUCCCCAGCAAAUUCACUUGAUUUCCUUCAAAAACAAAAAAGGCAGAUUAGAUUAGCAAGAAAUGACCCAGAAAUAGCCAGAAAUUAGUAAAACAAAAAUGAUACGAGAAAAUUGGCACCAAAAUAUUCUUUUUAAAAUGACAAGAGAAGUAUAUUUAUGUUCAGGGGGGUAGCUGCCAGCCCAGGCCCCCCUGGUAGAUCCGGCCCUGUGUUUCACGGCUGUGGACUGAAGCAGUCUUAAUUUUGGACCAGUUUCAAAAACAUUGUGUGCCUGUCAGUCAUUUGGGCCCCAAAAGGUGGAAAAACAGGAAAGCAAGCUGAAAAAUACUGGAAUGUCCCUUUAAGGUGAGGAGGAGCUGAUCAUUACAGAAUGUGCUUUUACUAAAAGAACGGGAAAGAGAUUACAUUUUGGCAUCACUGUGACAUGAUGUGAUGUUAGGAGCUGUGUGUGUGUGUGUGUGUGUGUGUGUGUGUGUGUGUGUGUGUGUGUGUGUGUGUGUGUGUGUGUGUGUGUGUGUGUGUACUGCUGGCAGGUUUGUCUUUAAGCUAUGCAUAAAAAACUGAAGUGACCAAACUUUCAGCAGGUGGCUUCUCUCUGCAUCGUGCACCUGCUUGCCCUGUGUGUGUGUGUGUGUGUGUGUGUGUGUGUGUGUGUGUGUGUGUGUGUGUGUGUGUGUGUGUGUGUGUGAUGUCAUUAUUUGGCAUUAAUAUUGGGGACGGUCUGCGCUCAUGCUCUGGUGCUUUUCAUAUAAAAGGCAAAAUUUGUAUUUUCUGAAAGAUUUGCCAGACUGUUUGAUACGACUCUGUUUACUGUUUUGAUGGAAAUAAUUAUUAUUAUUUCAUGAGGAGGAACUUCCACGGCAACGUGUUUUGUGAAAGCUUUGCCAAAAUAAAAAAAAAAAAAAUAAAAAAAAAAAGCUAUUUUGAUACAUACCAGUUGAAUUACAUUUGAAUUAAUAAAAACAAAUUGCCCUGUU